AUGAGAAUUUUGUCAACUGCUAGAGAAUUUGCACCUCCUCUCUUUAUGGUGAGUAGUGUAUGGAACACACAAAACCGCCUCUUCUUGCAUAGCAUCCGCCUACACGCAAUAGAAAACUCGUUCCCAACACACCUGCUACAUCUUAUUCUCCUUCCUUCCUUCCUUGUAUUCUUUUUGUUCGGCCUACUGCCCAUGUGUGCUCUCAAUGUAACAUGGAUGUUAAACGAUUUUGCCUACACUCUCUCUAUACACUACUCUCCUGACUCCCUCCCAUCUCUCUGUCUUACCCGCAUUGAAAUAGGCCUUACUAGUCAACUGUUCAUUACACUACUCUCUCUCUCUCUCUCUCUCUCUAUGAAUGAAGAGGGAGAACUCCUCCUAUUUCCCCCCUCCCUUUUUUAUCUCUGUCUCUCUCCUUCUUACUCCCUUUUGCCGUCUUUUUAUUUACGGCCUCCUUCUCCUACUCCAGUGCUGUUUAUUUACGGCCUCCCCUUCAUUCUCUUACUGAUACCCUCAUUAUUUUCUUAUGAUCUCUAUUCCAUGUUAUCCUUUUCUCUUUUCUCUUUCUUUCACAUCAUUACUUUUUAUUUUUCCAUUUCUCCCUUGAUUUCCUUCCUACUGUGUUCACUUUUGAUUUUCUUUUUCCACUCUCUUUCCUUUACUCAUUCGCAUGCAACUUCAAACUACACCGUCUCCCCAAUUGCCGUAACUCACUCCACUCUCCUUUCUCUCUCUCACCCACCUUCUCCUCUCUUUAUUAUUUUCUUUCCUUUCCUCCUGCGCACCUGCAUGUACUCUGUGCGCACUUUUCUUGCCGCUGUACAUUCACCAACCCCAUCGUCGCUCCUCACCAACUGCUGCUGUACGCAUGCACCAUAUAGAUGUCUAUUUGAUUUUACGAAUACCGUACUGUCUCCCCCCCCCUCCCACCAGUGCGUGUGUGCAGUGCCUGCCGCCGCCGUCGCUUUAUCAUUUACUUCCUCUUUCUUUUACCCCUUUUAUUCCUUUCACUCUCUUAUCUCUCUCACAUCAAUUUUCUCCCUUUUAUUCUUCUCCUAUUUUCUGCUCCUCUGUUUCUCCAUGCACUAUUCUCCUCAUUCUCUGUUUUCUUUCCCUCUCAUCUAUCCUCCUCCUCUCUCUUAUUCUCAGCUUUUCUCCCUUCUAUCCUCCUCCUCCUUUCUCCCUUCUAUCCUCCUUUCUCCCCCUUCUCCUUUCUCCCUUCUAUCCUCCUCCUCCUUUCUCCUUUCUCUCCCCCCUUACUCUAUCCUCCUCCCUUACUCUAUCCUCCUUCUUUUCUCCCCUACAACACUUCUAUUUUCUUUUGCUCUCUCUUCUGUCUCUGUCCAAUUACAUUUCUUGAACCCCUUCAGUCCUAGCAAAGGGGCCAAGACUUUCCUGCUUUAUCAGUCUCUCUUUCUGUUCCUGAAGAUCCUUCCUCAACUUCUCACCUUCUCAACCUCUCAUAAACCUUUUCCCUCCUCUCUUUUUGUCUCUUUCCUUUCCCUCCUCUCUUUUUGUCUCUUUCCUUUCCCUCCUCUCUUUUUGUCUCUUUCCUUUCCCUCCUCUCUUUUUGUCUCUUUCCUUUCCCUCCUCUCUUUCAGUCUCUUUCCUUUCCCUCCUCUCUUUCAGUCUCUUUCCUUUCCCUCCUCUCUUUCAGUCUCUUUCCUUUCCCUCCUCCUUUCAGUCUCUUUCAGUCUCUUUCCUUUCCUUUCCUCCUCUCUUUCAGUCUCUUUCCUUUCCCUCCUCUCUUUCAGUCUCUUUCCUUUCCCUCCUCUCUUUCAGUCUCUUUCCUUUCCCUCCUCUCUUUCAGUCUCUUUCCUUUCCCUCCUCUCUUUCAGUCUCUUUCCUUUCCCUCGCUCCUUACCUUGUGGACAACACUUGAUGGAAUCAAAUCAUUUUUCACUCUCAUUCUUUGUCUUAUAA